AUGAUGAUGAUUUGCUUAUGGUUCCUGACCUGUCUCAUUUUAACAGCCAGCUAUGGUGGCUGUGUUUACUCGCUUAUUGCUAAACCCCAUGAGUUAAGAGUGGAUACAUUAGAAGCAUUAAUCAAUCAAGUAGAGCAUGUCAGUAGUAUAGCCCAGACGCCGUCAUUUCCCGUGCUGACCAACUUUGGUCAGAGCCGCGGAGGCCCCGAAAACAGAAAAGUGGCCAGCGGUAAAAUCACCAAUUCACCCGUCGGAGUGCCCAUAUGUUAUUUGGACUCAAAACAAGUCGGCUAUAAAGUACCCGCAGGUGUCAAGAAGACCGACACCGGACUGGAGGCCGAUCUCCAACUCAAAGAUACGGCCAAACGUACCCUCAAAUCCAUGCCAUCGAUAGAAAGCCUCAAGUUUUCGGUCAAAUAUAUGACAGAAAAUAUACUUCGGUUCACAAAAAGAGAUCCGGCGGUCAAGCGAUACGAAGUUCCCGUUCAACAGGUGUUUAAUCUGAUGGACAGGACUGAGAGAGACGAGCAAAAGCGCAGGUAUGCCGUCGACGUCGGCACUGAUCUCAACGACUUUCAGUUCACUAUCACUCGUAAAGACACCAAAACUAAAAUUUUUGACACAUCUAUCGGUGGUCUAGUAUUUGCCGAUCAAUUCCUACAAUUGGCCACUAAUUUGGCCACAAAUAACGUCUACGGCUUCGGCGAGAAUCAUAUGAAAAAUCUAUACGGUGUUCACCCGUUCUAUACUGUACUGGAAUCGGAUGGCAAAGCGCACGGAAUACUGUUUCUCAAUAGUAACGCUAUGGAUUACACACUUCUACCAGAGCCAGCCCUGUCAUUGAAAAGCACCGGGGGUGUUUUGGACUUUUUCGUGUUCGUAGGUGAAAACCCCGAGCACGUGAUACAGUUGUACACAUCGAUGAUCGGUCGGUCAACAAUGCCUCCCUUCUGGGGUCUGGGGUAUCAACUGUGCCGAUACGGGUUCAAAGGUACAGAGAAUGUACGCGAAGUGCUCGACAGGAAUGUCAAAGAAAAAAUACCCUUGGAUGUAAUGUAUAUCGAUAUCGACUAUAUGGAUAAGUACGAGGACUUUACGUACGAUAAGAAUAAGUUUGCCGGACUCCCGGAGCUAUUCAAAACAAGUAUUGCCAACAACCAUGUUCAUUGGACACUGAUCCUGGACCCGGCUAUUGAAGCUAAUAACCCAAACUACACAACAUUUAACGAGGGCUAUAAACAGGAUGUGUUUAUCAAAUGGUCAAAAGAUGUGGCGGUGAAGGACCGGCAAAACCCGUCCGGAGUGCCCACCGAUAAGGACACCAUUUACGGCAAAGUGUGGCCCUCAGGACCAGCCGCCUUCCCCGACUUUUUCAAGAAUAAAACUACUGACUGGUGGGCAAACCAAGUGAAAACUCUACAUGGUGUUUUACCCUUUGAAGCACUAUGGAUUGAUAUGAAUGAUCCCUCGAGUUUUGAAUCAAAAUGUCCGAAUAAUAAGUACGAUUACCCGUUGAUUAGAUCAUCGGCCAUUUGGGGCAGACAACUGUCAGAGAAAACCAUAUGCAUGGCCAGUACUCAGGGAGAUAAUGAACAGUCCUCUCAUUAUGACGUGCAUUCAUUAUAUUGCUUAACUGAGACUAUUAGUACACAAAAGGCAUUACACGCAACCACUGGUAAACGUGGUUUUGUGGUGUCCCGGAGCACAUACCCCACAUCGGGCCGAUACGGCGCCCAUUGGUUGGGAGAUAAUAGAGCCGAAUGGAAAAUGAUGCACCACUCAGUGGUCGGUAUGCUUGAGUUCAACAUGUUUGGCGUCAGUUUUGUUGGCGCUGACAUCUGCGGCUUUAUAGGGGAGACUAAUCCCCAAUUAUGCCGCCGGUGGUCACAAUUGGACGCUUUCUACCCGUUUUCACGCAAUCAUAACGAUAGAGGUUAUAAAGAUCAGGACCCGGCCGUAUGGGUAAGCAAAGGACACCCGGAAGUGACUGAAGCGGCCCGCACUUCACUGCAGCUCCGGUACCAACUGUUGCACUAUUUGUAUACACUAUUCUACCGAAGCUAUCUUUAUGGCGAUACCGUCGCCCGACCCUUGUUUCACGAGUGACCUCAAGAUGUGAAUACACAUAUCAUUGACACCCAGUUUAUGUGGGGCCGGGAUAUACUCAUAUCCCCCUUCCUGUUUGAGAACCAGCAACACGUGGACGCAUAUCUACCCCCCGGCGAGCGUUGGCACGAAGUGCGGCCCCAAUUGAAACUCGCGCCACAAGUCGAAAUGUCAUUAGU